CUAACUGCGGGCUAAAGUUGACUGUUGUACUUUCAUUUUCUGACAUUCCGUCUCUGGGAUGCGCACGGCUUCGAGGAAAACGAAACUAGAACCGGUCAUAGUUGUCUUGGAGUGUCCUUUACCCACAAAUGUAGUCACUGAACUCUUUCUGGCUGAUAAUAUUAACAACUUAUUCCGGUCUAAAGCGUCUAAAAGUUUGUCCAGGCUAGCCGACAGUCCAACAGUCCGGGUUAGGUCAGCUAGCGUUAGCCGCUAGUCCCCGCUAGCAUGGACGGUGGCGGAAGCAUGAGAAGUAAUGAGGAGAGGGUCGCCGAGAAACAGAUGGAUGAUUACCUGAAAACAAUAGGUCUGCAUCGGAAGAAGAUAGCCAAAGAUGGGUCGUGCUUGUUUCGGGCCGUGGCUGAGCAGGUGCUGUAUUGCCAAAGUUAUCACACUGAGGUUCGAGCACAAUGUGUGGAGUUCCUGAAGAAAAACAGAGACAGCUAUGAAGCGUUUAUCGAAGGAGACUUUGAGGAUUACCUCUGCAAGCUUCAGGACCCACAGCAAUGGGUUGGAGAGGUGGAGAUCAAUGCACUGGCUGUCAUGUACAAGAGAGAUUUUCUUAUCUACCAGGAACCCAACAAACCGGCUGUCCACAUCACAGACAAUAACUUCAAGGACAAGGUGCGGUUGUGUUUUUUGAACGGGAAUCACUACGACAGUGUCUAUCCCAUCAGCCACAUGAAGGGCGCCGCUGUCUGCCAGUCCAUCCUGUACGAGCUGCUGUACACUAAUGUGUUCAAGGUGGAUCGAAGUGUACUGGCUGGGUAUCAGCGGACUGGCCGACACUUUGAGGUGCUGAGUGAUGACAGCAUGGCCGCCUGUAUCAGCAGUGACGAGUCCGAUGUGGACUCGACUGAGACGCAGAGAUUGGACAAUGGGACAAGCACUACUACAACAAAGAGCAGGGGCCGGGGGCGUGGCCGUCAUCUGUCCGACAGGGUGAGACGGUCUCUGAACCCGACUCUGUUCAGAAACAUAGAGUUUGACGUCUGGCAGAGGUCUAAGAAAGCCCAGCAGAAGCUGGAUUUCUGCAUUGCUGCUGGGAUGCAGUACGCAGUAGGAGACCGCUGUCAGGUUCGUCUUGAGGGCAGGACUUACAAUGCAACUAUCAAGGAGGUGCCACCAAACAACAGCGCAGUGACAGUUUAUGUAGAAGAACUGGGCAGGAGACAGGUGCCUUUGGGGAGUUUACGUCCUGUGAAUGAAGACGGCAGCUGGAGCUUCGUGAACAGAGACAAGAGACUCGGCAACGGGCAUGGAGAAUGGGAGCAGAGGGGUCGAGGUCGAGGUAGGGGGAGGUCCACAGCAACAUCCUCUGCUGUUGCCCAGGCAACCGCUUCAUCACCCGGUGGGCGUGUGUUGAAGCAGCACUCGUGGCCCCCACAGGCCACCGCAGAGGAGCCAGGAGGGUCCAGAAGCAGCAGGAAGUCUUUGAGCACGGCCGAUCCGCCACCAUUUGGUCUGACUGAGGAGGAACGUUUGGCCAAAGAGGAGGAGGAGAGGAACGUAGCGUUGGUGGAGAUUCAGCUGAGAGACGAACACAGCUUCCCUGCACUCAGUGCGCCUGUGACCCACAAUGAAGGAGGGAAAAAGAAAGGUGGAGAGAAGAAAAGAUCCCAGCAAAGUGUUAAAACGAUGAGUCCUGUUGAAGAUCUCAAAGCACCAUCGCCCCAUGCUGGAGAACAGCCCAAAUCAGUCAGCCCACCACUAACAGCUCCUCCAAAAGCCCCACCCAGUGCCCCCUCCCUUCCUUCUGCACCUUGUGUAAACCGGACUCCAGACACUGGACUGAAUGUGGCUUCCACCGCUGCUGCUGACACUACUGUUGUUUCCAGCCUCCCUGCAGGUUUGGCUCCGCCCCCUAAACCGAACACACUGUCUUACGCCUCAGCUGCCGGCGGUGUUCCACAUUCACCUCCUCCUGCUGCUGCAGCCGCCACCGUCAAACCUCCUGUAACGGGCGGCGUCCCUUCGUCGCCGUCCUGCUUUGCUUUCGUCACCCCUGUGCUUCCGGCUGCAGGCUCCUCCUCCUCCCCUCCCAUCUCUUCUUCACCUAAACCUCCCACUGCCCCCUCCUCUGCCUUUCUUCUUCCCACAUCCUCCCCCUCUCUGGUGGUUUCACCUCCCACCUUCAUCGCUCCCAUCGCUCCGUCCCCUGUCGCUGCUCAGGGCUUCGUCCCUCUCCGUGUCUCCCCCCAACUCACCCCACUCACCCACUCACCCAGCCCACCUGUGUCCUCAGCCCUCAUCUCCUCCUCUUCCUCCUCUCUUAUCCGUCAUGCUUGUCAAGUUGAUGAGGCUCCACCACCUCCAGUGCACACCAAAAAUUGUUUGCCAAACCCUGGAGCAGUUCUCACCACAUCUCAGUCUGCCCAAAAGGAGGUUCCUCAGUCCCAGAACCAGAACCAGAUUUCAGGGUCACAGAUGCAGAACCAGAUUUCAGGGUCACAGAUGCAGAACCAGAACCAGAUUUCAGGGUCACAGAUGCAGAACCAGAUUUCAGGAUCACAGAUGCAGAACCAGAACCAGAUUUCAGGGUCACAGAUGCAGAACCAGAUUUCAGGGUCACAGAUGCAGAACCAGAUUUCAGUGCCCCAGAUGCAGAACCAGAUUUCGGUGCCCCAAAUGCAGAACCAAAGCCAGGCUGCUGUGCCUCACAGUCAGGUCUUUCUGCCUCAUGUCCAGGCCUCAGUGUCUCAUCAGGCCCAAUCUGAGCUAGUGUCUCUGCAGCAGAUCCAGGUCCAGCCCCUCUGCCCCCCCUCCAAACCCCAGUCUGAGCCAGUCCAGUCCUCUCAUCAGAGUCCAAUGCCUUCUUCCACCCCCCAGACCUCAGAUCAGCUCCAUCCUCACCCUCCUCACCCCUCUCAGGUCCCUCUUCCCUCCCAGUCCCUAUCCUCUGUUACCAUCCCCUCUCUCCCCACUCAGACCCCUACCACUGACACCCAAACAGAGGCUCCUCCCCUUCCAGUUCCCCCGGGGUCCCCAGCUCACCCAGUCGUCCCUCCCCCCUCUCACCCCCCUCAGUUCCAGCCUGUCCCUGGGACUGUCCCUCUGCAGCAGCUGUCCCAGCUCUACCUGGACCCCCUGUAUCCUGGCUUCCCCCAGAAGGACAAUGGCGAGCCGGCUCUUCCUCCUCCUUAUUCCACCAACAAGUCAGGAGACGACCUGCCACAAGAUGUCAGCAUCUUGAGAUUCUUCUUCAACCUGGGUGUCAAGGCCUACUCCAUGCCCAUGUUCUACCCCUAUGUUUACCUGUUCCCCCUUCAACAUGCCUACAAUGUGCAGCCCAAGCCCCCCUCCCGCUCCCCCUCUCCCACCCCCCUCUGCCAUCCUUCCGGUGCCCCCCCAGGGCAUCACGAGCCUUAUCCCUCUGUGUCGCGUCAGUUCGAUCGCAGCUCUCCACAAGCCCCCCCAGCUGAACCGGCCCCCCCCACAGAAGGAGCGUACACCCAGGGUGGAUACCCCCCCCUCUCUCAGCCCCCCUCAUGCACUCUGCCCUGCCCACCACCAUUAUGGCAUCAGCCUCACAUGCAAACGCACAGAAACCCCAGUUACCCUGUGGUGUACCCGAGCCCACAGCUGUUGUCAUACCCCACACCCCCACCUACAUCUCAGUGCUACCCCCCCAGUCUGACCCUGGGUCACCCUAUGCACCCCCCUGCUGUAGCGCAGUAUUCUUCAGUGGAGUUUCAGUCCUCAGCUGGCCCAGAGGAGCUCCAGGUGAACCAGGACCAGAACCUGCAGCCGGCCAACGGAGAAGCGGCACCUGGUCUCAGAUCAGCCCCAGGCCCUGGUCCUCAGGAGGGGGCGGCCUCUGCUAAUGUGGCCAAUGAGAACAGCGGGCGGCCAGCAGCGCUCCCUGGAGUUUCCGAUUUUGGUCACCCCCAGAAGGAGGAGGGAGACCGGUUGACCAGACCGAUGUUUGCAGUGGAUCCUUCACACAGCACACCUGUAGUCAUGGCUCCUGGCCCUCAGGUCCUUUAUAACUUCAUCUCCAAGUCGACGGUCCCUGACAACAACCCCUCCCACAGUUACAGGAGUCACCAUAAACCGGCCAAUCACAGCGCAGCGUUCCCUCCACUGGGAGGAGCUGAGGUUCUGUCGGUGAGCUGCAGUACCGAGGACGACUGGGACGAGCCCAACAGCUUCAGACAGCCGGCGUUGAACUACAGAGCGCAGAGGAAGAGCUACAGAGGUAGAGGAGGGAGGGGCGGCGGCAGCAGGAGGAGACACGCAGGAGAGGGCGGGCCCAGAUUUAACCACACCCAGUACAUCUACCGCCCCCGUCAGAGGACGUACUAUGAAGAAGGUCACCCUCAGAUGUGACUGCUGGUUCCUCGCUGCUCGGGUACCGCUCAUAAAUGCACUGCUGACUAAAACCCUCCAGACUUUCCCUCCUACAUCUGAUGGACUCCACUCUGUCCAUGGAACUGUGGAACUCUUGUGCCUUCUUCUCAUGACAACACUGUCAUUAUUCUGUUUGUAACUCAGUCUCAAAUGUGUCUGCUGUAUACUGGUAAGAACAUUCAGUUUGGUUCAUUUGCUUUUAGGUCCCUUUUACUGUGGAAUCUUCUCUGAGCACAUACACACAAACUGGACAGAAACAGUCCUGGAACAGUUAGUGAGUGUGGAUUUAAAGCUGCAGCAGACUUUGGUCCCCAGUGUUUCCUCACAUCUGUCCAUCCUCAGUGUUUCCUCACAUCUGUCCAUCCUCACAUCUGUCCAUCCUCAGUUUUCCUCACAUCUGUCCAUCCUCAGUGUUUCCUCACAUCUGUCCAUC